AUGCCUAUGCCACUCAUCUCCCACGCGGUCAGCAAUGGUCUCUCAUCAUUUCCAUACAUAUAUCCCGCUAUCAAGACAGUGUCGGCCAUUGCCACCAUCUCGCUGCUCAAACGAUACUUUGGCGGUGCGAUCAAUAAAUCAAACAGAGUGAUGCACUCGAAGGUGGUUAUGAUUACGGGUGGCACCUCAGGCAUCGGUGCCUCGAUAGUUCACGAUCUAGCAUCUCGUGGCGCUCAGAUAAUUAUUCUCACCCAGCAUCCUCCCACCGAUCCAUUUCUCGUCGACUACAUUGAAGAUGUCCGCGCCAGCACCAACAAUGAACUCAUUUAUGCUGAGCAGGUGGACCUUUCCUCACUCCACUCAAUCCGGCGUUUUGCUACAAAAUGGGUAGAUAAUGCACCUCCUCGACGGCUGGAUAUAGUUAUUCUUUGUGGAAAUACGAUGACACCCCCAUCGUCCUUGGAAUCGCGAAAAUCGGUUGAUGGGCUAAACGAAGAAUGGCAGGUCAAUUACCUAGCAAAUUUUCAUUUAUUAAGUAUAUUAAGCCCUGCACUACGAGCUCAGCCACAGGACCGUGAUAUCAGAGUUAUUCUUGCUACUUGCUCAAGCUACAUUGGAGCGGAAUUGGACUUUGAGACACUGGACGUGAGGACAUUGGAAAAGAGACAGAACUCAAAUCCGAAAAGGCAGCAUGACCACAAAGCUGGUGAAAAAAUCUCGAAUUCUAGCAGCGGCAUAUACGCUACAUCAAAGCUUGCUCUAAUGAUUUUUGCGAGAUCAUUCCAGGCCCACUUGGCAAAUUAUGAUAAUAUAAAACAGCCCAAAAAACUAAGAGCCUGCAAUUCACGUGUACUUGUUGUUGACCCUGGGUUUUCGCGAACACCUGGGACCAGACGAUGGCUUUCUCGCGGGUCACUGUUGGGACUGCUUAUCUACAUUAUUACAUGGCCAAUCUGGUGGUUACUGCUAAAAUCACCCCAGCAAGGGGCACAGAGCUUCCUUUCAGCCGCCAUGGAGCCCACUCUCAGUGCGGUAGGUGAGACGGAGGAAGAUAAGAAGAGGCGAACACUGGGAAUUGCCGGUGGUUGCUUGAUUAAAGAAUGUAAGGAAAGAAUGGUUUUGAGAAACGAGAUUAUGAAUGAUGCGAUUGCCGAGAAACUAUGGAAGUUCAGCCAAGAGCAGAUCCAGGCAGCAGAGAAAGAAAGUGCGUUAAGAAGAGCAGCCGAGAAAAAUAAGGAAAAGGGGGAUCAGAUGGAAGAGAAGAAGGAUGAGUCCGAUAAAAAAGUAUUGUCAAAGGGGAAAAUACAAAAUUAA